AGCUAUCAAUAUGUAAAUGAUGGUCAUAUCACUGCAUGUAAAACAUUAACCGAUACAAAUCGAUUUUAUUUCUUUCAUUUUUAUUGAAUGACUCACAUUACGUGCUCGUAUUAAUUUGUUCGUCAUGAUCAUUUCGUACCAUUAAAGAGGUGUAUUCACAAGCACUGAAUGGUACAUAAGGUAUAAUAAUUUUAAUAAUGAACGACGCGCUUUGUCGCUUUUUUUUCUUCUUUAUCGUUUCGGUGUAUGCGAACGUAAUAAGGUAUGACAAUUUAUAAAUGCAAAAAACUAAAUUGUUCGAUUUCGUGGUUACAGGAAAAUCGCAAUCGCCUGAUAAUGGCAUAGAAUAAAUAAUUUUUAUUUUCACUUUCGAUUAUGCCGAUUAAUAAUUAGUUAUGUGAAGAAAGUGUUACACAUUUUUGUUUUCGGUGGCGGGCGUUUCAUCAUCACAAUGUGUUUGUCGCUUCUUGAAUAAAUGACUGAAAUUUUUGAACAGUGAUUAGAGCGGGGCUUCUUGUGAAGACUUACCAUUUUCUUUAUAAAGAGUUGAUGGAUUACCAACAGCAUUCAAUACAUUAUUACUAGUCCAUCGUAUUAGUUUAAACAACUAAAAACUUUAAUUCAAGUGAAAAUGACGAUUAUUCAGAAAACCAUCGUAGUCCUCGCUGUCGUAACCAUUUCCAGUUGCGGAGUGAUUCUACCCAAUCAUUAUGCUGCCGCUCCGUUGCAAGCGGUUGGACCGGCUCCAGUAGCAAUUCACACGGAAUACGAUCCAGCCCCGCAAUACACGUACGCUUACAACAUUGAGGAUUCGUUGACCGGUGAUUACAAAAGUCAACAAGAAUCUCGUGAUGGCGAUGUCGUCAAGGGAUCGUACAGUCUUGUGGAACCGGACGGUAAUGUUCGAACAGUUAUAUAUACGGCUGAUUCGGUGAAUGGUUUCAAUGCUGUCGUUCAGCGUGGUCCAUUGGUGCAUUCCAAAGGGGUUGUUUCCGUGGUGCAGCCUGCUGUUGCUUUAGGGUGAUUUCUGAAUUAUGACUGAGAUAUUGACUGCAGUGAAUGCUAGUCUAUUUUUUUAAGUUUACUGUUAUUAUAUGACCAACUAUAGCCAUAGCCUGAAUAAAAUUUGAUUUUAUUUAUUCGAAAA